AUACCAGUGAAUGAUGUUCUCAUAAAGUCAGUAACGAUUGUUCCUCUCGAUCAGUGCUUUUCUUCUAAUAAAAAUGUUUCGCUUCGUUAUUUUGGUGUUAGCGUUAGAACAGGUCGCGUUUUUAUCAGCGGCGGAUGUAACUCCCCGACGUGAUGCUGAUUACCCACCUCCAGAGCUUUUGGCAGCGCUGAAACCAAUCCACGAUACAUGCGUGACGAAGACCGGAGUAACUGAAGAGGCUAUCAAGGAGUUCAGUGACGGGCAGAUUCACGAAGAUGAGAAGCUCAAGUGCUACAUGAAUUGUAUCUUCCACGAGGCCAAAGUUGUUGACGAUCAGGGUGAGGUGCAUCUGGAAAAGCUUCAUGAUUCCCUGCCGGAUUCGAUGCACGACCUGGCCCUGCACAUGGGCAAGCGAUGCCUGUAUCCCGAGGGUGAAAAUCAGUGCGAGCGUGCUUUCUGGCUGCAUAAAUGCUGGAAAACAGCCGAUCCUAAGCACUACUUCCUGAUCUAGGAAAAAAAAAGAAUGACAGCAGUAAAAAACUGGAAAUAAUCGUUCCAUCUGCUUCGAUUUGUUUCGCGUUUGCACUUUCUGGGGUGCACAAUCCUGACGAAAACAAAGUGGAAAACUUUGAUUCAUUAGCGAGAGCAGCCAACAGCAGGAGUAAACGCCAGAGUGGAACUUGAGUUAUUAUCCAGUUUUAAUGGAGCUUAAGUUUAAGUGAAAAAAAAUCUGCACGUAGCCAUUGUGACUAACUUAUUAAGAAGUGAAAAAACUCCAUCAAAAUUGUUAAGUUUGUAAUGUACUAACCUAAAGCAUCGAAAAAUGAAAAAAAAAUGGAAAAGCUAAAAACGCUUUCAUGACAUAAAAUAAUAAUAAAAAUGCUCUUAACAGCCAACAA